AUGCAUCGUCCUUGUGUCAUGGUUGCUAUUCUUCUCGCAAGCACCGGAAGCGGAUUGCUGGCGAUUGAUACAUCAAACAACGAGGCUCUUCAACAAAAUGUCACGUUAAGGCUGCACAAAGAAAAUGACGCCACAUCCAAAUACGACAACGAAGAGAGAGGUCUCAUAAGUGGUUCUCUUAAGAAAGUGAAGCUCAAGUUCGAUAUGCGUCUAUUCAGAUCCAGUCCUGUGAUCGUUUAUAAGCAUUUACUAUCCCACGAAAUUGACAACGUUCUGGCGUCUCCUCAGUUGAAAAUGGCAGAAUCGUAUCGAAUCAAGUACAACCAUGCGAAUCCUGGUCAAAAAGUAACAUCCUUUGACAUGUUGAUGAAAUUAUACAAAGACAAAGGUAUGGUAACGGUGAUCUUAAAUGGCAUGGACAAAUGGAAUACAAGGCAGUCAGCUGAAGACUUUCAAACCUUGUUGUUUAAUCGCUGGAUAUUAGACGAGAAAAAACUUCUUUGGAAGUGA